CAGAACUUUGUAAUUAGGUAUAAUGCACUGAGAACUGCAGCAUCCUAAUGAUUGCACUUAUCAGCUGGGCAUUAGUUGGUCACGAAUCUAUCACUUAGUUAACGUGGUUACUUAGUGAAUGAUAUAUCUAUCUGUGACGAAGUAUACAAACAUUGUUUGGUCUGGAUGCGACGCGUGCCUGCUGAUAACAGGGUGGUAUAAAGGCGGGUGCGAGCUCCGUAAUCUCCACAGUUUGUCUUCUCUGCGUUAUGUACGUGAGUUGCCGGCGUUUUUUGCACACCCUCAAGAUCAAGUGAUUAUUUUCACCUCCACGAACAUGCCUUGGACUAGCAGCAACAGAAUUUACGCUAAACCGUCGAACACAUCCAGUGUUCAAGACGAGGACAUGGGCCCAGCCAGCCGGCGCCGCGCGCAGGCCGCGCCCACCGCCGCCGCCGACUCCAACGGCCGCUUCGAGCUCAGCGACCACGGCUACGGCAAGAACUCCGUGAAGCUCCUCCACGUGCACCGCGACGGAGACUUCCACACCAUCCGCGAGUUCGAGGUCUCCACCGAGCUCAAACUAGCCUCCGAGUCAGCUUACGUCGUCGGAGAUAACAAAGAAGUAGUCGCCACCGACUCUCAAAAGAACACCAUCUAUUUACUGGCGAAGAAGUACGGGGUGAAAACUCCUGAAGAGUUUGGCGCGGUGGUGGUGAACCACUUCCUGUACACGUACAAACAGGUGGCGGAGGCGAAGUGCCACGUGCUGGAGUACCCGUGGGAGCGGCUGCAGGCCGGCGCGCCGCACAACCACGCCUUCGUGUACUCGCCCACCGCCACGCGCUGGUGCCAGGUCUCGCAGGCACGCCACGAGGCCGUGAUUGUGAAGUCUGGGUUGAGCGGACUCCGAGUGCUGAAGACGACGCAAUCAGCCUUCGUCGACUUUGUACAAGAUGAGUACACUACGCUGACGGAUGCCGCUGAAAGAAUAUUUAGUACGGUAGUAGAAGCAGAAUGGACGUACGAGAGCAUGCGGUCGGCAGACUUCGACGACGCGUGGCUGACGGUGAAGGACGCCAUCCUGGACAAGUUCGCCGGGCCGCCCGACACCGGCGUCUACUCGCCCUCCGUGCAGCACACUCUGUAUCAGGCCGAGAAAGUCGUGCUCGAAAAAGUGCCCGAGAUCACCUGGGUGAAGAUGACAAUGCCGAACAAGCAUUACCUCAACAUCGACAUGUCGAAGUUCCCCGCCAAUGUGACGAAAGGAGACCCUAAACACCAGAUAUACCAGCCGACAGACAAACCCGCAGGAUUAAUAUAUGCGCAGCUACGCCGGCGGCCGCGUAGCAAGUUGUGAUGUAGGCUACGGCGCGGCGUAGGCGUGCUACGAACCCGCGUAGUAACUAUACGGCUAACAAAUUUGAAGCUUUCAGAGGGAUGAAAAACAUAUCAAUAAUUUUGUAAAGAUAUGCCUUUAUUGAAAUUAAUUUGAACUUUAAUGUAUCUUCCUACUGUUUAAUAUGCCGUAUAGUUCGUUACAUAAUAAGUGUUAAUUAUACCUACUAAUUGCUGUUACUGACUGAAUUGUUGUGAGAAAGAUAAAUGUUUGUUGUUUUGUUUUGCAAUUGUAGGUAGAGUCUCUAGUCGCAUUAUGAAACCUGCUCAACUGUUUGAUUAGAAAGUUUUGUUUGGAUCCUUUCAUUAUUAAUUAAGUUUAAUCUUAUAUGUUUUGUAUUAAAUAAUUGUAAGUUAUGUUAAUGAUUAAAAUAAAAACCCAUAAAUAUACUAAA